AUGACAAUGGUGAGAGAGAGGAGGCACCAACAAGCACUGAGACUUCCCUUGCCACCCCCACCGGUGGCGGUGCCGGAAUUUCCCUACCACUUCUCUGACUCCCCAGGGACCGUAGACCGCCUCUCGGACCUCGAGAAGCUCUCGGUCGUCGGCCAUGGCAGCAGCGGAACCGUCUACAAGGUCCGCCACCUCCGCACGAACUCCCUCUUCGCUCUCAAGGUCCUUCGCUUCGGCCCCAACGCCGCCGACGCCCGGCGCCAAGCAGCCCGGGAGGCCGACAUCCUGACGCGCGUCGACUCUCCCUUAGUCGUCCGCUGCCACGGCGUGCUCGAGGGAGGCGGUGAGGACCGUCUCUGCCUUGUCAUGGAGUACAUGGCCGGCGGCUCCCUCCACGACGUUCUCCGAGCUCGCCGGAGGCUGCCGGAGGGGCUCAUCGCCGGGGUGGCAGGGCGGGUGCUGGAGGGCCUGCGCUACCUCCACGGGAUGGGUGUCGUGCACCGUGACAUCAAGCCCUCAAACCUUUUAAUCGGCAGCCAUGGCGAGGUGAAGAUUGCCGACUUCGGGGCGAGCCGGGUGGUGGCAGCAGCAAUGGGGCCUUCAUCCGGUGGUGGCGAUGAUGCCUGCGCAGGCACAUGCGCAUAUAUGAGCCCAGAACGGUUCGACUCGGAGGGGUUCGGCGACAGCGGAGGGUUCGCCGGUGAUAUAUGGGCCCUUGGGGUGGUGCUGUUGGAGUGCUUUGUAGGCAGGUUUCCGCUGGUGGACGCAGGGGAGCGACCAGAUUGGGCCACCUUGAUGUGCGUCGUUUGCUUUGGUGGCCCACCGGCGGUGCCGGAUGCUGCCUCGCCGGAGUUCCGGAGCUUUUUGGGAAGGUGCUUGGAGAAGGACUGGAGGAAGAGAGGGACGGUGGGGGAGCUCCUAAGCCACCCUUUUGUCGCCAAGUGCUGUUCCACAGAAGGCCUAGUUGAGGAUACUUUCCAUACAUAG